AUGGAUGCCCCAUCGAGGGAUCACCCUAACUUUAGAUGGACCGAAGGUAACCUGAAUUCACCACCCCUGCAGCAGAAUGCCAACUAUUCGAAUCCCCCGGAACAUCAAUCCAACUGGUCUGGAAGAAAUCAGGAAAGACAGAACAAUUGGGGCAACUGGAAUCAGGGCAACCAGUCCAACUGGGCAAACAGGAAUCAGAACAAUCCAACAAAUUCCUAUGUGCCACCCCAUCAGAGGAAUUACCAAGGCAAUAACUCAAACCCUCAACCCAAUUACCAGGGGAAUCAAGGGUCGGGUAAUCAGUACAACAGCAAUCAGGGGCAUCAAGGGAAUUUCCAUUCAAAUCAGGGACAUGGACCUAGCCAUCAUCGAGGACCGAGUACCAUUCAUCCGAGCGCCAGACAACCGAAGAGCCUCGAUGAGAUGGUAAACGAUUUGGUCAGUUCGCAGCAGCACCUUCAGAAUAAUAUGCAGUCCAAUAAUGAUGUGGUACAUAAGCUUCAAGACGCUCAUGUGGAACACAAGACAGCCAUGGACAUGCUGGCGAAGCAAUUAUCCCAGAUCGCCACUUCCCAGAGUGAAAUGCGUGGGAAUGAAGGAAGAAUCACUGCCACAGUUAAGCCACCAGAUAGGGCUAACAUCAGUGAAAUCACCCUUAGGUCCAAAUGA